AUGCAAAAUACACCAACACUCAGAAAGAGAAAUCAAAUUGAAGAUCUUCACUCUUCGGAGGAACAUCACCACGAUCAUCAUCACCACCACCAAGAACAUUCCGAUAGGAAAUUAAUUCAAAGAGCUCAACGAGAAGGGCCAUCCUUUCUCAUUUCUUGUUGUACAAAUUUAAGCUAUGUGAUUGUAUUAGUUAGCGUCUUGUUGGGAUUAUUUAUUACUAAUGAAGAAUUUUCUUUUAUUAAAGAGGAAACUAGAAAGUUGGAUUUUACUAGAGUUUAUAAUGAAAAAUUACCCAGUAAUCAGGGUUAUAAUUUAUUAUUUGUGCAUGGGGCCUUUGGAGGAAAGGAAGAAUGGCUUGUUAAUUAUUUCCCAUAUUUUCAAAAGAUUGAAAAUCCAAAUAUUAAAUCACUUGGUGCCUUUUCCAUGACUGGACAUGGUCAAUCGAGUCAUUCCGAAUAUAUUAAGUGGCUGAGAUUGCAUGAUUAUGUAAAAGAUUUGAAAACAAUUAUUGACAACAAUUACAAGGGUGAAAAGGUAAUUCUUGUUUGUCACUCUUUAGGUGGCUUGGUUUGUCAGAAAUAUUUGGAAUCUCUCGCCUCGAAAAAUGAUCAGAGUGUUAUCAUUAGAUCUGUAAUCUUGUUAGGAUCCAUUCCUCCAAUCCACAGAUUUGACAAUAUUUUACCUUCUCUUUUAUAUGACCCUAGUAUUGCCUUGGAUAUGGUUCUCACUCAAAGAUUGGAUCCACUUGUCACCAAAACAACCAAACAUACCAAACAUUUCCUCUACCAUGAAAAGACAAGUGAGUCUCAAAUUGAAGAAAUCUCCAAACAAGUUCCACUCUACCCAGAGAGUAUCAUUUAUUAUCUUGAUGCCCUUACUUGUUCAUUGAAUCCUACACCAAUCAUGGAAUAUUUUAGCAAGAGAAGAUUUAAUAUUAUGGUGUUAGGUAUUGAAAAGGAUACCUUCUUUUCAGUUGGUCAGUUUGAAAAGAUUGUGGAAUUUUGGAAAUUAAUUUUGGACUCUAAACCACAUCAUCAAGUUCACUCUGUUUUAAUUCCAAACAGCGUUCAAGUAGGUCACAAUAUGGUUUUGGAUGUUGAGUGGAAAUUUGUUGCAAACAAAUUGAAUGAUUUCAUUUUGGAAUUGCAUGAAUAA